AUGGCGGAGCAGGAGAAGGAGCCAAUAGAUAACAACAACGACAACAACAAAGAAAUAAACAACGGCUCAACAGAAUCUAACAACAAUGAGAAUGAUAACAAUAAGGAUAAAGAGACGGAGAAGAAAAAUGUAGAUCCAGAAUUGUUCAGCUGUCAGCUUCAGCCUGUUACUUCCGAUUCCGAUCCUGAUUACAUCGGCAUUCGCCGUCUCCUUCUUUAUCGAAAGGCUGAGUCUGGUGUUUAUCGCCGUCUUUGGGCGUUUGCUUCAACCUACGAGUUCACUCUCCCAUUUGUUCGAGGUGGACAGCUGGACUUCCAGCCGGGUAUGCCUCAGUUUCUUGUGGACUUUCUUUUGGACCUGCGAAGUAUCAAUCCGUCUUCUACUCACAGAACAAGUUUCAGCUCAACUGCAAGCGAUAAUGAUUCCCUACAUCACCGAGGGGCUGAACCUGCAUAUUCUUUUGUAGGAAUGCAUUGCAUCUUUGAUCAAUGCAAAGCUGCUGUUACUGUUUUGAAGUUUGGACACACGAGUUCUGAUUUACUUGCAUAUGGGGCAUCGGAUGGAACCUUAACUGUGUGCACUGUCUCAGAGCCACCUUCAGUCAUCAAAAGAUUAGAGGGCCAUUCUAAAGAUGUCACAGUUUUGAUUACUCUGAAUGUGGUUUAUAAUCAGUUCCACACAUCAUCGACUAUCUCUAAGGUUGAGGACACUGGUUUAACUAUGAAUACUUGCUACAUUGCAUCAGCAUCCAUGGAUAAAACUGUGAGAGUAUGGGAGUUGUCAAAAGGAAUUUGCAUUCGAGUAAUAUAUGGAGUCUCUUCACAAUUGUGUAUUCGUUUUCAUCCUGUAUUCAAUUUCAGCACUGGCAGGAUUAUUAGUAAAUUGGUGCUUGACGAUAAGGUUACUGCUUUGGACCAUGAUCACACUGGUCACCUCAUUUUCUGUGGGGAUGCACAGGGAUGUGUAUACUCCACAAGCAUGGACUCACACACAGGUGCGUUGUCUCGGUCUCAUCGCUUUCGAAGUAGUGGCAAGAGCAAAUAUCCAACAACAACUGUACAGUACAGGAGUUUCUCUCUGCUAGCUGGAGGCCCUGUGUUGCUGACCUGUACUCAAGACGGAAGUUUGUCUUUCUUUAGUGUUGCCUUGGAAAUAAAAGGUUAUCUGACACUUCGUUGCACACUCAAAUUGGCUCCACGAGUACAUAGCAUCAGAGCUUCUUUCUGCCCCCUGCUUUCCCUUGAAAAAGGAGAAUAUGUAGUUGCUGGAAGUGAGGAUUCAAACGUAUACUUCUAUGAUUUAACUCGGCCAAAGCAUACAUGCGUCAACAAGCUACAGGGUCAUCGCUUUCCAGUUGGUGAUGUUGCAUGGAACCACGGGGAGAACUUACUGGCUACAUCCGAUCUUUAUGGCAUCGUUAUUGUAUGGAAGAGAGCAAAGACAUGA